UCUUGGGAAAGAUAGCGAAUAGAAACCCUUUUCCGUACCAUCCUCUUUUUAAGUCUAAUCACACUAAUUUAACUUUAACAAGGAUGACAUAGGCUAACUCUAUUUUAUCAACUUCUUGAAUUUGAUGCCACCAGCUGUAAUUAUAGAUGUGGUGAAGGAUAUAAAGCUUAAGAAUACUGAAUGGAUUAAAUAUGUAUAGUCACAACAAUGCAGUUAUUAUAAUUUUCAAGAUUACUGUAAAGAUUUUGAGGUUGAUAUUAUUGCAGUAUUUUUGCUGGAAUGUCUAUACUCAAACAAAUGGUUGAGUGUAACAAACGCAUUAUGAGCAAAGUGUCAGCUGAAUACUUCUUCCAUGGCAUCUUCACGGCUUUAGUUAACUGUUAGUUGACCAAACAACCGGGGAAAUAUAAGUUAUUGCUAUAUUCGCGAGCACGUGCCUCCCUUUGCUUCAUACUAACAGAGGAUAACUGAUAUUCGCUUUUUUCCUACAUCACCUGAAUGCAGCUGUAGUUUCCUCUGCAGCAACAAUGGCAACUAGCUGUCAGAUAUGGAGACCGGACCGAGGACGGUGCUUCAAAACAUACGGAAUUCUUAUUGUUUUGUUUAUGGACCUGGUCUUACAGCGUGUUAACGGGUACCUGAGCUCUCCUCAUGUUGGCCAGGAGCCCCCCUACACCAAAGAUGCCCAGCAUGGACCUGUCAUCACCAGCCCAGUGGUACCUGCUGCAGCCUCAGUGUCGCCUGGAGAUGAAGAGAGCUACACUUCCAAGUGUCCUAGUGGGGGGUUGUGCAGUCGCCUGCCAGCUGAUUGCAUUCACUGCAAUUACCAACACAACUGCACCUACAGGAAACCAGCGUCCUUCACUUGUAAACCCAAAAAAGGGGUUCACUGUACAGGAGAGUCGGGACAGCAGCAAACCAACUUCUCUCUGUCUAUCACCUGCCAGUUCUGCUGGCAGCUGGACCCGUCCCAGUACCGCUGCUCAAACUCUACCAACUGUAUGACAGUGUCCUGCCCACGCAAGCGCUACAACGCCACCUGUGACGUGUUAGACCAUGUACAUUGUUUAGGUAAAAGACGUUUUCAGAAACGUUUAUUUUGUAACUGGACUGGUGGAUACAAAUGGUCAACAGCAUUAGCACUCAGCAUCACACUUGGUGGUUUUGGGGCGGAUCGGUUUUAUCUGGGCCAGUGGAGAGAGGGCCUGGGCAAACUGUUCAGCUUUGGAGGCCUGGGCAUUUGGACUCUGAUAGAUGUUCUUUUGAUAGGGGUUGGUUAUGUGGGACCUGCUGACGGUUCGCUCUACAUCUGAAGCAAAGCCCUGGAGACAUGGCUGGAUGGUUUGUGCCCUCUUCCGCUUCACUCUCAAAGGUUGAAGAUCUGAGAUGCUGUGUUCUUAGCACGUUUGCCUGCCCGAGCUCGCUGUGCAACACAUCCUCAUCCCAUCUGCUAACAGGCAGGAAGUGUUUUCCUCAUUACACCAAUGAUGACUCUACCCACACAACCAUCAGAUCAAUCCCAAUCAUUCUGUGUCCGUCUCCUGUUGCGAUUCUGCAGAUGAAGCUGUGCAGGGGGACGAGGAGCCAGUCAUUAUGUCUAUCUGGUUGGUUUGACUUAACCGGCGGUUAGGCUCUGUCGUGCUGAUAUAUAGAUAGGUUUGGUAUCCUGUUGAGCAGUGCUUUCACAGACAUCCUGUCACCUUGGAGCCAUGUGUUGCUCCUCCCUUUUUGCAAGGUAAAUGCAUCAGUGGGGUCAAAGGGUAACCAUGGCUACACAGCUGUAUAUGGUAACAUUAGUCACAAUAGACAAGCUGAAAGGUAAUAUUUAAAUCUGUAAAGAAAGCAUGAAUAUGCAGAAGGGAAUAUGUUCAGGUGUUUUUUAUUGACAACAGAUCGUUCUUGGUUAUUUUGCAUGUACUUUAUUUUUUCCCUACAUUGAGUCAGCAGCACAGGCCACAACUGUAAGAACAUUGCCCUGAGGGCUAGAUAAAUGAUACCAUGGCAUUUCAAAAGCUCAAAUCAAAUGUUGGUUCAAAGUUCAUUGAUAAAGUUCAUAUGUUGUAUAAAUAAAUACAUAAGAGCUACUGUAUGUUCAAACAGCAACUGGAAGUGGUAGAAAACCAGAAAGAAGUGCAGGGGCAGAGACUAUAAUUUAUGUUAUCACUUACUGCAACAUGUGGUCUGAUUUUUGGGAAACACACAGAUAAUAAUCUCUAACAGUAUGUUUGUACAUGAUAAAUGUUGAAACACUUCAAAUCUGUUGCACUAGCAAACAGCAGUUACUUUUGGUUUCCUGUGUUGGAGAUAUUGAAGAUUCCCUGUGCACUCAGCUGGUAUUUUUCAUUAUCAUUCUUCACAUUGUAAAAUAAUUCUCUGUGUACUUACACUGUAAGAUCUUUGCUUGAGACUGUGUGGCACAAAUGGGCUUUCCUCUCACUACAUGUAAAUAUGUAUUCUGUUUUCAGUGUCAGGUCAUUUAAAUCUGUUGGAACACUGUAAAUGACAAUUUUUAAGUUAUGUAAAUAAAAUUGUGAAAUGUG